CCGCCGCCGUCUUACUCCUGUCACCUAAAAUGGCGGCGGGCGCUUCGCCUGUGCCUUCUCUGCCUGAGGAGUUCUCCGUGGCGGAAGAGCGGAGCGGGCACUGCGCCGCGGUGGAUGGGGACUGUCUCUAUGUGUGGGGGGGAUACGUGUCAGUUGAAGAAAAUGAAGUUUAUUUACCUAAUGAUGAACUCUGGAUCUAUGAAAUUAAUAAUGGAUUGUGGUCGAUGCACUUAAUGAACGGGGAGUUACCUCCAUCCAUGUCUGGAAGUUGUGGGUCUUGCAUUAAAGGAAAAUUCUACCUCUUUGGAGGAUUUGAUGACAAAGGAUACAGCAACCGGCUCUAUUAUGUUAAUUUGCGAUCAAGAAAUGGAACCUAUCUGUGGAAACAAAUCACAGAUUUUAAAGGUCAGCCUCCCACACCACGUGACAAACUUGCCUGCUGGGUGUAUAAAGACAGGCUAAUCUAUUUUGGUGGAUAUGGUUGUAGAAAAUGGAGUGAGCUGUGUGACUCGUUCGAUGUUCAUGAUGCUUUUUGGGAAGGCCAGAUGUUCUGGGGAUGGCACAAUGAUGUUCAUGUUUUUGACACCACCACAAAAACCUGGUAUCAACCAACAAUUAAACAUGGAGUCCCUCCUCAGCCUCGAGCAGCACAUUCGUGUGCUGUCCUGGAAAAUAAAGGCUACAUAUUUGGAGGACGGGUUUUGCAAACAAGAAUGAACGAUUUACAUUCUCUAAAUUUAGAUACCUGGGUGUGGUCCGGAAAAAUUGGUACAAAUGGAGAAAAACCAAGAGACAGAUCGUGGCACACGCUGACCCCGUUAACAGAUGACAGGUUUUUCCUGUUUGGUGGGCUGAGUUCAGACAAUGUGCCCUUAAGUGAUGGCUGGAUUUAUGCUGUUAAAACCAACAAAUGGCAACAACUGACAUACUUACCAAAGAGUAGACCUAGGUUGUGGCACACAGCCUGCCUUGGUAAAGAAGGUGAAGUGAUGGUCUUUGGAGGAAGUAAAGAUGACUUGCAUUUCCUAGACACAGGACACUGCAGUGAUUUACUGAUUUUUCAGACACAACCAUACUCACUUUUCAGACUAAGCCUUGACUGCAUUGGUAAAAAUGCUGUUCUCUUGGAAAGCCAAAUCUCCUGCUUACCAUCUAGACUUCUGGAGGAAGCGCUGGAUAAAAUUACUUUUUGGUCUGCUGUUAACUAUCGCCAAGGAAAACAAGCCAAAGCUCAGGAGGAGAUCAAUGUUGCCUAGGAACAGUUCUUCAUGGAUGUACAUACACAAUACAGACUAUUCUUGGAGGUUAUUUAAAAUGGUCACCAGUUCAAUGGGCUGAACACCUAACACUUCAAACUGUGCUUUGUUUUGUUGUUGUGUGACAAAGCAGUUCCUGAUCUUGCUGAUGAUGUAGCAGCGCCAUUUGGGAACUCUCAAGGUGCAUAACAACUUUCUGAAUUUUACUGAACCAGUUCAAAGAAGCCAAUUGAUUGAAUUGUUAUUAAAGUUAAAUAUAUUAAUGAG